AGGGCCGGCACUAGCCCUAGACGAACCUUUGGAUCACAAUUUACGGCCCGUGGCCGUACUUCUAAGCAACGGGCCACCCGGCCCAUUGCCUCACAAAUGGCAUUUUCGCAUAUGCAGGUGAAAACGUUGCGUUGUUACAGAGCACAAGAUUAGAAGCUGAGUUGGCACGGGUGGAAGGCAUCAUCGCCAUCCCCACGCACAAAAAGCAGUGGUCCCAUCCAACGGUCACUCUACGUCCACAUCGAUCCAAAACAUCUCAGGUUCCUGUCACAAUCAGCGGCUAGGAUGCCCCGCCCAUACAUCUCUCCACCUAUAAAGGUGUACACGUGUCAUCAAUAGCAUUGUUAAUAUCCCUCCCCACUUCCAGCCUUCACCGAAUGUUUAACACCUUCACCACUCUCUCUCUACUAAAUAUAUAUCUCUCUCUCUCUCUAAAAAAUCUCUCUUUCUCUCUCUAAAAAAAAAAUCUCUCUCUCUAGGUCUCCUCCUCCUAUCCAAUGGUUUUUCUAUACGAAAGCAGCCCUCCUGCAGUCCUAUAUAUACAGCCCCUCGUCCGUGAUAUCCGGACCUUAAAGAAAUUCAAAUAUUUCGUAUAACUGCACAAUUGUGUGUCGGACCGACUUUUAUGUAGUUUUUACCUUUUGCUUUUCAGGCAGUUUCUCGGCCAUGGAGAAGGGUCGCAAUUCAAAUUGCAGAGAGGAUUGCGAUGAGACACUGUCGUUUUCUUGCAUGAUGAUCGGUUAUCGGGAGAAAUCCGGAAACUGCUCCCCGACUAACACUCUUGACUUCGAAUUCAGCCCCUCGAAUUCUAUCGGCCACAAUCAAAAUUUCCCGGCAGAUUUCCUUUUCAGCAAUGGUCAGCUUUUGCCACAUGUCUUUCCGGUGGGUGCCGACCCUCCGGGAUCAAACUACUUGCCCACGACCAGUCGCAGCAGCAGCAGUAAGACCUCAUCUUCAGGGAGCUCUGCGGUGUCUCUCAGCAACAGCAGCAGCAACAGCAGUAGCAGCGGCAUAAAUAGCAAUAGCAAUGUCAUCAGCAAUUCUCGACGACAUAGCAGCAUGAAGAUUGCACAAGACUCCGAGAGAUCACUAGCAAAAACUAGAGGAAGAAAUGGAGGAGCAUCUGGCCAUGCACGAUUUCAUAGCUACCCUCCGGCGCCAUGGCAGUUUAUGGCACCGGUGCCGGGAAGAACCUCGUCUGCGAAGUCUGAGGAUGCUUAUGGUAAGUCCGAGAUUCAGAAGAUUUUGGUGGGUGUGAGAACUGGCGGGAAGGAUAGUGGGAGGAGUCAGGAGUCAGGAGGGUCGUGGCUUGGCCGGAAAAUUUUCCGACCGUUUGUUACUGCGUGUAAAGAAUGCCAUGCCCUCCAGCCGGUUGUAGUGCCAGAGGGUGGGUUUGUUGAGAAAUAGCAUUUUGUCUUUUUGUUUGUGCAAAUUCAUAGGGUUUGAAGUACGGGGAACCCUGUUCCAAAUUUUUAUUAUUUUAUUAUUUUUUAUUUGGAGAUG